AUUUUUUUCAUAAAUCCGACUUUGUUCAGCCUUGUGAUUAGAAAUGUUUCAGACGAUUCAUCAAGAAACAGACUGAAAAUGGUGGCUUCAUUAGUUAAACGACAAGAUAGUAAUGCUGAAGUCAGAACUCUCUUGAUAUACUACUGCACCUAACUCAACGCCACACUACAGAAUGCAGCCAACUUGCCAACAUCACACCUCGGAGCUCCAGCUGAGGGUGGACUUCUUCCGAAAGCUUGGCUACUCUCCACAGGAGGUGCAGGCAGCGCUCUUGAAGCUGGGCUUGGGAACAGACACAAACACAGUGCUGGGAGAGUUGGUUCGCACCGGAGCCAGGGCCUCACCCACAGCUAAUCAGGAGGCUGAAGAGGGUGGCUCUCCUCAGGUCCACUGGUGGGGAGGUUCUACCAGGAGCAAGGAGACUCCUCGGGAUACUUGGCACUCUGCACAGGAGGACAUGGCUGAAACAAACAGUGAACUGAAACCCAUUGUGAUUGAUGGAAGUAAUGUGGCCAUGAGUCAUGGGAACAAGGAAGUUUUCUCAUGCCGAGGAAUUGAGUUGGCAGUGAACUACUUCCUUGAGAGAGGACACAGGAAGAUCACUGUGUUUGUGCCCUCCUGGCGUAAAGAACAACCAAGGCCUGAUGUCCCCAUUUCAGAUCAGCCCAUUCUGGAAGAGCUGGAGAGGAAGAAGAUUGUCGUAUUCACACCCUCACGGCGGGUGGGAGGCAAACGAGUGGUGUGCUAUGACGAUCGCUUCAUUGUCAAACUUGCUCAUGAACUGGAAGGCAUCAUCGUGUCCAAUGACACGUACCGUGAUCUUCAGGCUGAACGCCCUGAAUGGAAACGUUUAAUCGAAGAAGGGCUUCUCAUGUACUCCUUUGUUAAUGACAAGUUCAUGCCACCAGAGGACCCUCUUGGUCGCCAUGGCCCAAACUUAGAUAAUUUCCUUAGAAAGAAACCUCUACUACCAGACCACAAACGCCAGCUCUGUCCUUAUGGGAAAAAAUGCACCUAUGGAAUUAAAUGUAAGUACUACCACCCAGAGCGCACAAACCAGUCCCAGCGCUCUCUAGCUGAUGAACUGAGAGACAAUGCAAGGCUGUCCAGCCCUGUUCAUGCCUGUUCAGAAAAUGGUGGAGGGGUAGUGGGGUCUCGCAGAGGGACAUACCGCUGUGAGCCUGGCUUUGCCUGUGCCUCUCCUUCCCUGGAGCUGGAGCUGGAGCACAAGCUGACCUUGGAGCCCAAUGGUUGUCUCCCAAGGAGCCAGCUGAGCAACAGCAUGCUCAACCACUGGGAUGACCUUAAUUCGGGCAAGAAGCAUGCCUCAAACCCAGCUAGCCACAAUGCCCCUCUGGACCACCACAGUCUGCACUCUCUGUUCCUCACUAACUCUUCUCAGUUUAGUUCAGACUCCGGCCUUGACUCCUUUGACAGUCAGUUUUCAGACACAUCAGGCUUUGAAGACUCUGGGUACAGGGUCCAUUUCAGGAAUCCGAGCACCCUUUCUUAUGACCAACAGGAUGCAUCUUAUCUCUGCAAUUACUCUUCUGAUCCAGCCGUACCAGCUGGGCUCCAUCAGCACAGCAGCCCUCUCACCCAGAGCAACUCCUUUGGCUAUAGCAUGCUACCGUACCGUAGGCUCAGUCCCAUGCACUACAGCCUACCAAACUUCGUCCACCCAGAUGGCUUCCACCCAAGCCAGCAAAAGGCAUGGUCUGACACACUCUGGCUCCAACAAACUCGGACAGCUUAUAGCUUACCAGACCCUCUUCAUGGCGCUGGCCUCCACAGACCUGCAGAGUUGUAUGGUAACAGCCAGACUCAGCGAGAAGAGGCCAGGAAGAAACUGAAGGCAAUUUUUAACCCAUAUGAUGUGGACAAAGUCAUGGGAAUGUUCCCUGAGCUAAAGGAUGCUGAAGUGCUUGCUGCAGAGAUUCUCAAGCUCAAAUGCAAAGGAGAAUUGUAGUAAUUGUUUAUUAUUUGAUAAAGUUCAUAAGUUCAAGCACCAUGGUGCUAAAAAUACUUUAAUAUGGACAACACAGCAGCAGUUUACUUCUGUAAGAAUGAGCUCAGGUGUAAAUGUUCUAUUACGCUUAAUCUUAGUAAAUGUGUAUGUUUUUAUACUAUUGUAGUUCUUUUGUUGCAUAAUUUUGGCUUUUUGAAACAGAAGUGCCUCUCUGGCUCAGUGUCACAUCACAUAGUAUAUGUGAUAACUAUGUAUGACAAUAGUCAAGUUAAAAAUAGUCUCUUUAACAACCUUGAUUUAGAAGUUGUGUCAUAUUAAGAGCUUGUUGUUGAUGCAUAUUGCAUCUUUUAAUAUUCCCUGUUUUGGUAGAUAUGUGGUGAUCCUCAGAUGUUUAAUUAUUGCUGGGUGUGACUAACAAUUUUCGAUAUAAGUUACUACUGAUGAUUAUAUUGAUAAAGAAAUUGUCCACUACUGUUAGCAUUCCUUCACAAUUAUAUAUUUAUUCUUGUGUACCGGUACUUGAUUAGACCCUUAAUAUAUACUUAACAUGUAUUCAUGCAUAUUUAGUCACUUGCAGACCAGCUAGCCACAAUGUCUCUCUCGACUGCAGAAGUCAAUCCAGAUAUCUUUUUGCUCCUGUACUCAGUACCACCUAACUGCACUGGUGCACCUAAUAAUAAAAUAAUACAUUGUAUUGAUAAUGCACUUUUUUAAGAUUAGGUGAAUAAUAACAUAGCAUGAUAAUUCUGCUAACACAUCACUCAAGUCUAAAAGUAAAUCUACUCAUAUAAUAUUAUUAACUCAGUGUAUUAAAGCACUUUAUUGGAUCUUCAGUUCAUAAAGUCAUAAAGUAAAUUGAUUAUUUAAAUAUGGCCUUAUGAUAGCUCAAGGUCUUUCUUAGAAAGAAAACUGUUCCAAUUUCCUAAUUUGAAUUCCUAAUUUACAUUGUACCUUACCAGAAUGUGUGUGCAUACAUGUAUGUGUAUGGUUCUGUGCUUUUCUGCUAGUGUUUAAGCAUCAUGAUUCAGAUCAAUGUGAACAUUGGAGAAGAGUUCUCAGUUAUGCAAUCACAAUUUGUUUCUUCCUUAAUAAAAAGAGAAAUGCUGAA